UUCUCUCUCUCUCUCUUUCUCUCUCUGUGAAGAUUGAUAAGUGUUCUGUUCAGAUCAGCAACGUGAGUAUGGGUGGUGAACUGACAAAAGAACAGAUUCUUGAGUUCAAAGAAGCUUUCUGUCUAUCUGAAAAGGAUGGUGAUGCUUGCAUGACGUUGGAAGAAUUUGCAGCGAUUAUCCAAUCGCUAGACCAUAGCCCCUCCAAGAAAGAACUGCAGGACAUGAUUGACAAGGCCGCCGCUGCUGAUGGCAAUGGGGUGAUCGAGUUUGCAAAGUUCUUGGGGUUGAUGGCCUAUAACAUCAAGGAGGCCGCUGAUGAGGAGGAGGAGCUCAAGGAGGCUUUCAAGGUCUUUGACAAGGAUCAGGAUGGCUACAUAUCUCCUAGUGAGUUGAGGCAUGUGAUGAUCAACUUAGGGGAGAAGCUGACAGAGGAAGAAGUGCAGCAGAUGAUAAGUGAGGCAGACUUGGAUGGUGAUGGUCAAGUUGGUUUUGAAGAAUUUGUGAAGUUGAUGAGCACCAUUGGAUGAGUUCUUGAUUCCUUUAUCCAAAACUGCAAUUUGCAGGAAAAAAAAUAUAUAUAUAUAUAAAAUCGUCAUUACCCUGUAAAAAUUGCAUUUGCCCUUUUGCUUCCCUUCAAUCUGUUUACCUAUCAUAGGAGUUUAACAUUCUUCUUCUUAUUCAUCUUGUUGAUCUUUUGUACAUUUUUCCUUUUC